ACACGCUCGUUCUUUAUCUCGUCUUGUCUCUGUAUUUUCCUAAUUGUAUCGUGCAUUCCAAAAAAAUUUCAGGAUGUGGGAAACCUUGUCUAUUUCAUCAUUAUGCUUCAUGGAGUCGGAACGCUUAUGCCAUGGAACAUGUUCAUAACGAUAGCGCCUGAUUACUACACUAACUACAAGAUGAAGACUUUCGACGAGAACGGAACUGCUCAUUCUACUGUAUAUUCGGCUAACUUCCUUAGUUACCUCGCUAUUGCCUCACAAAUUCCUAACUUAUUGCUUAACUUCAUUAAUAUCUUCGUUACUGUGAAAGGCGAUCUGACGAAACGGAUUUCAUAUUCGUUGCUGAUUGUUGGCUCAAUGAUUGUGUUCACAAUGAGUUUUGUGUAUGUGGAUACAUGGUCAUGGAUGAGUGGUUUCUUUGUUAUAACCCUUGCAUCGAUCGUCAUCCUGAAUGGAGCGAACGGUGUUUACCAAAAUAGCAUUUUCGGUCUAGCCUCGGAUUUUCCGUUCAAAUUCACGAAUACCGUUAUUAUUGGGAACAAUCUUUGCGGAACCUUUGUGACUGUUAUAAGCAUCAUCACCACUAUCAGUGAGUUCUUCCCUAUUCAUUCUUCAUUCGAUUGCUUCAAUACCCAGAUACACAUGUUUCCAGUUUCUAACAACACAGCAAACGCUGCAUUCGCUUAUUUUGCUACCUCCUUAUUCACAAUUUUUGUUUGUUUCGUGUCGUUUUUCCUUCUGAAGAAACAGGUAGUUUUUUCUCUUACCAUUUUUCCUGGAAUUAUGGUAGAUGUACACGAUGAACUGGUUGGACAAAAGUAUUCGUUUGUAAUACCAGAAAAGUUUUUCGUUCCUAUCACGUGCUUCCUACUUUUCAACGUCUUUGCUUUCGUUGGCUCGAUGUUGGCUGGACGCUUCCAAUAUCCGGGUCCCGUACAUCUCUGGAAGGUUGUUUAUACCCGGCUGCUCUUCAUCCCUUUCUUUGCUUUCUGCAAUUAUCGCCCGCUUACCAGGAAGUUGCCUGUUUUUUUCACGAAUACUUGGUUAUAUAUAUUCAUGGCAAUCAUCAUGAGCGUCUCUAGUGGGUACCUCAGUGGACUAGCGAUGAUGUACGCACCAAGAGUUGUGGAACCAUCUAAAAGCCGUAUAGCUAGUAUGAUGGCCGGAUUCUUCCUCAUCUUCGGUAAUGUUUUUUUUUUCGUUUUUUUUUAA